UGUUACCUGAACAUUUUUAUCUCCCUGCCACCCCCACCUUCUCCUCAGUCAGGCUCCCACCUAGCUGCACACACAGAGGCUCCACCCAGGCACCCAGCCCCCCCUUGUCUGCCUCCCUCCCCCAGCCCGCCCCACAGUUGUCCAUGGCCUCAGAAGCAGAAAACACAUUCCAUCGGUUUGCUGUCUUUGGGGAGUCGUCCAGCAAUGGCUCUGAGAUUAGCAACAAGAACUUCGCCAAACUCUGUAAGGACUGUGGCAUCAUGGAUGGAAAGGCCGUGACCUCCACAGACGUGGACAUUGUGUUCAGCAAAGUGAAGGCCAAGAAUGCCAGGACCAUCACCUUUCAACAGUUUCAAGAGGCGAUGAAGGAGCUGGGCCAAAAGCGGUUCAAAGAGAAGAGCCCAGACGAGGCGCUGGAGGAUGUUUAUAAACUCAUGGAAGGCAAGGACCCCGCCACCACCGGUGCUACUAAAGCAACGACGGUGGGCGGGGUGGAUCGGCUGACAGACACCAGCAAGUACACCGGAACCCACAAGGAGCGCUUUGAUGAGAGCGGCAAGGGUAAGGGCAUCGAGGGACGGGAGGACACCGCCAACAACUCUGGCUACGUGAGCGGCUACAAAGGGGCUGGCACCUACGACCGAAAAACCAAGUAGAGGAGAGCCGUCUCCGCCUGCUGGUGUCCUGACCCUGUGGUGUGAACACCAGGAAAUGUAGGGGAUAAUAAACUUUGUGUGUGCAGCA